UGCCUCCAAAGCACUGCCUGGAAAAGCCCGCUGGGCUUCUCCCUCUGGGCCCCAUCCAUCCUGAGCUCUUGACUCUGGCGGGUACCAAUGGAUUCCACCCAGACGGUUUGCCAAAUGGACCACCCCCUCAUUGUCUUGUGGAACUAAUGUUCUCCGGAAGAAGCUCUGGGACACUGCAGUGGACAAGUCACUUCUUUCCGAGCCUCCGUGGAGCUUCUGGUCACAAUGGGCUAACAGGUGGCUUCCUUCCUUCCACUGAGACCAGCGCAGUGGUGGGGUCACUGAGGCCAGCAGCCUGCUGGGGGGCUCACCGCGGCCGUCCCUGCGGCCGGAAGGGCUCCCCGUAUCACACGGGGCAGCUGCAUCCCGCGGUGCGCGUGGCCGACCUCCUGCAGCACAUCAACCAGAUGAAGACGGCCGAGGGCUAUGGCUUCAAGCAGGAGUACGAGGACUUCUGUCAAGGCUGGGAUGCCAUGAGGAAGAUGCCAGCUCGGAGGCCCAUGGCUGACAAUCCUGACAGAGGGCCUAGAACCUGGGGGAGCCAACUGGAGGCAGUCAGCAGGGGGCUUGGCAGGGAAACCCAGGGUUCAAGCUCCACCCAGCCAUGA